AGCCAUUUUGGCCUCGGCCCCGCAGCGAGUCGGAAUUCAGAGGUUUCUCGACGCCAGAGAUGGAGGCGAGCCCCGGAGAUGCCAGGCGCAGAGGACACGCCGCAGCAAACUUUGAGGCCGCUGGCCAGAACGAGCUGCCGGUGCGCCUGGGAGACGUUCUCGAGAUCCUGGAAAGUCAUCCCACAGGAUGGAGCUGGGCCAGGAGCGUUUCCGGCGGCAACUGCGGAUGGGUGCCUUCCUGGAUCGUGCCGGAAGCUGACACCUCCGCCGCAGCAGCUUCUGCAUUGCUUGCCACUGGGCAAGCCGCUGCCCCUGAGGUGCGGCUACCGCGUCCGCGGCGCCUGUCCGGCGAGCCGGACGAGCGACGACUCCGGCUGGCGGAGCGCCUUGCGGCGGACGCGCGGCAGCUCCGCCUGUACCUUCCGGUGGGCGGGGCGGGCCCCGGAGGAACGGUCCCAGCUGUUCCGGGGGUUUAUGCUUCUGAGAAGAAGAAGCAGCAGGAGUGGGAUGCUGUCAGCAAAGACACCGCCGGCGCAACACAGCAGAAGCCUCUGACGACAGCCACAGCGAAGCCACAGAAGCGCACGCAGGAGUUCCUUUCUUUUCGGCUUCUGUCAAGUUUGAGGAGCCUCUGCAGCUAGCGACAAGGUGCCACAGGAUCGGCGUCAAGCCUUUUUGGAGGC